GAUUUGUCAAUAUGAACUAUGGUAAUCCAAAAAACUCUGCUGCAAUUUUAGAAAAAAGUUUGACUAAACUACGUGGUGAUGUUAAUAUCGCGUCUUUUGCUUAUUUAUUUGUGGAGUUAGUCAAAUAUUCAAUGCGUAAUGUAUCCAGUAUGGAUCUUGUUCAGAAAAGAUUAUCAGAUUUUGGUAAAUUCAUUGGUGAACGUAUGAUUGAUGUAGUUUAUCUACGUGAUAAAUCAACUAAACGUGAUAUACGUUUAUAUAAUGCCUUAAUUUUUUUAAAAUCAAAUUUUUGGAAAAAUUUAUUCAAUAAAGAAGCUGAUGAAUUAGAACGUGAUGGAAUUGAUGAAAAUAUUUUUUAUAUGAUUGAACAUGAACCAAUAGUGAAUCGAUUUACUCGAUUUACUUAUGAAGAAAAAGAUGAAAAACGUAAAACAUCUGCUCCAUUGAAUAUUGCAGCGUUCAAUGCUGGAAUUGUUGAAGCAUUCUUAUCAACUAUUGGUUUUCCUUGUACAGUUACGGCAACCUGGUACAAGGGAACUGCUUAUGUGAUUAAAUUUGACGAGUCCGUGAAUAUUCGUGAAAGACAAUUGGAUAAUCGAUGAAUAUAAUUCGUAUUAGGCUAAGUUGCAUAAAAACUUUAUCAAGAUCUGAUGAAUGACCUAACUUUCCUGUGAUUCUCGAUUUACUAAAUACAUUGAUUUUUACAUC